AUGAAUGUUGAGUCAUAAAUGCUAAUCUUGGUGAUAUCUUUUCUAGUGUAAGAUACUUUUGGUUUGUAAUAUAAAAUUCAAAAUAUAGUAACAGAAAUUCAUUUAUUUUAAUAAAAGAAAUGUAUUGUGAAAAAGAGUAAGUAGAAGUUUUGUAUGAGGUUUUGUCUUUAUCCAAUGAGGUUGAUGAAGUAUCCCUCCCUAUCUUCUUAAACAUAUUAAAAAAAGAGAGAAUUUAAGACUGCCUAAAAUUUCUCUAGUAAGAUCAAAACAAAUUCCUUUUAGAAAUAGAAAGUUAAAAGGUGGAAAACUAAUCUCUGCUUGAGAAAGAAUAGACUCUUAAUGGAGAGAAGAACAUUAAGAUAAUAACAGAUGUCCUCAAAAAACUUAUGGAUUGGGGAGAAUUUUUACUCAAAUAGCAUCAGAAUUUUUUUUUAAUUGACAUUUCCAAAAUUCAUAACUGAUAGCACCAAUCACACAAUAAUUGACACUUAUUCUUUUCCUACAACUUUAAAGUUCCUCCCACGGCUACUUUCAUCAAUGUAGAAGAAUUUAUAAUUUGACCUUAGGAAAAUAGUUAAUCUUCUUUCAAAAAAGCAUUUAUUCUAGAUGAAAAUUAACGAAACUAAGUAAGUGAUAAGUAUACAACCCAAGCUGCUUAAACCACUUAAAAAACUUUUGAAACCUUAAAUAUUAUAGUUUAAAAUCAAAAUUUACCAUGAAUUCUUUAUAUAUUUGUUUUGCAAUGAUCAAACAUUCAGCAUUAUCACAAAUUUUUAUAACUUUUGGUAUUCUUCAAAAAAGAACUCGGGGAAUCAGGAUACUCAAGAAUUUACUUUCUAGAGAUUAAUGCUUCCAAAUAGCUAAAUAUUCUUGCUAAAAUUGUAAUUUUGA